UCUGCGAAUUGGUUCUGCUUUCAGAACAACGGAUAUCGGGAUUCCUGUUGACUGUCCAAAUUUGAUGCUCCUCUUUUAUAUCGUGCAAUUAUUCCUGCGCGAACUCUGCAAAAGUAAGAACCUCAUCCGCAUCGUGCCGAUGGAUAUGACGGAGUAUUAUGAAACUCGAACCGGGCCAUCCAACAUCGGCAACGUGAUCUCGCAGAUAGUUCUCUGUAAGCAGAUCACGCCGGACUUCUACCAGGAAGAAUUGUGCAGCAUCCAAAAGGACUCCGAGGAAAUCCGAGGUCUGAUGAACGAACUGCAAGAGUUUAUGCCACAAUCGGGUGGCGAUAUAGAAAAGUAUUCAGCCCUACAGAGUGCCGGAAGUAGGGGUAACCGUACCAACGGCAGGCGGAUCCAUCGAUGGAACCAAAGCACCGAUAGGCCUAGCAGACCCACCAGACAAUCGUCCUACUUUCGCGGAGCUUUGAAUCUCUUUUGUUGUGCCGCAAGAGCCAACUAUUUCACGUUAUAUAAUGGUGGAUCUGUAGAACCAUACUUGUUCUUGGAUUUGGAUACCUGUUAUUUGAAAUAUAUGACAAUGUCCUUUAGCAGAUUAAUUCCUCCAAUCCAAAUAUAUGGAAUAGAAGGACGAUAUGCCAAUGCACUUUAUUCUGCAGCUUCAAAACAAAAAACAUUAAAUAAUGUUGAAAAAGAUCUGCUUAAACUUCAAGAUCUUCUGAAGAAGGACAAACAAUUAGGAGAAUUUGUGCUGAAUCCAUCAAUAAAACGAAGAGAUAAAGUAGAAGGGCUUAAGGCAAUUGGUAAAAAAGUUAAUCUGAGUAGUGAAACUAUAAAUGUAUUGAGUUUACUGGCAGAAAAUGGCCGACUUUCGCUUAUAAACAAUGUGAUUAAUACAUUUAAAUUAUUUAUGGCUGCUAAUAGAGGUGAAGUUCCUUGUGAAGUAAUAACUGCAAAACCACUUGAUAAUGAAAUAACAUCUAAGCUCCAAGCAGUUCUGAAGGGAUUUUUAAAUAAAGGUGAAUCUAUUCUGCUUACAUCAAAAAUUGAUCCUUCUAUUAUUGGAGGUAUGAUUAUAUCAAUAGGUGAUAAAUAUAUAGACAUGAGUGUUUCUAGUAAAGUAAAAAAAUACUCUGACAUUAUUGCUGAU